CUUGUUCCACAAAUUUCUCUCUACAAUUGUCACUCCACCUGAUGAAGGGUGGUGCUUCAAUCUUGAACCAGCUCAUUCUCCAUACCCAGAAAACCACUUCCCUCCCAACCACUUCUUUCUCUCUGUUUUUUUCCUCCCUUUCCCUGCAAUUUCCGCCUCUCAUUUUCCUCGCACAAGUCCCAAGAAAAUCAUUUCACUCGUUCUAAGAUUCAGGGGAAAUGCAAUAAGAUUCUCAGGAACACAUACCACGCUGUUCAUUGCUGCCAUUUUUGAAUUCCUGGAUUACCUGUUGAGCGGUGCUGCUGUGUUGCCCCAUAAAUGUCAUCAAAUCCUAUCAAAAGGCCAGACUCAUCUGAGAUGAGCUACGUUUCAUCACUAAAAGCCCCAUGUCAACCCACAAAGAUGGAUGAUUGUGUAAAAAAUGGUGCCAAUUCAGUUGAUCAACUGAAUGACGCCAAAAAAGUGGAUCAAGGAGGAAAUAUGUCUGUCGAUUCAUCUAAAAGUUCAGCAUGUAAACCUGUACAUAAGGAUCCAAUCUCCAAAAGGAAACCAAAUUUGACAAUUACCCCUCCAUAUGAUUCUAGAAGAAUGGACCCAGAUAUCAAGUUUGUGUCUAAUUCUAAUAACUACAACCAAGUCUCAAGCCCAAGGAUGUCUCCAAAUUGUGAACUCCCUACAACUUCAACAGGAAUGACAACAAGUGGUGUAAAGAAUACAAGUUUCUUCUCCAACUUUGGCCAAGGGAGUGGAAGUAGCUCUCGUAGUGACAGCUUAGAGAGCUCGCCCACACCCCUCAAGCCGCACACUGGUGGUGAUGUGCGAUGGGAUGCCAUUAACUCUGUUUCCAAGGGUUUCCCUCUAAGUCUUAGCCAUUUUCGGCUUCUCAAGCGCAUUGGAUAUGGAGAUAUUGGGAGUGUUUAUCUUGUUGAACUUAAAGGAACUAAGGCCUACUUUGCGAUGAAAGUCAUGGACAAGGCCUCCCUUGUGAGUAGAAACAAGCUUCUUCGAGCACAGACCGAAAGGGAGAUACUCGGACUUCUUGACCACCCAUUUUUGCCCACCCUAUACUCUUACUUUGAAAAUGAUAAAUACUACUGCCUUGUCAUGGAGUUCUGUAGUGGAGGUAAUCUUCAUUCUCUACGGCAGAAACAACCUAACAAGUAUUUUACUGAGGAAGCUGCACGGUUUUAUGCAUCAGAGGUGUUGUUAGCACUUGAGUAUCUGCACAUGCUAGGUAUUGUUUACAGGGAUCUGAAGCCAGAAAAUGUCCUAGUGAGAGAAGAGGGUCAUAUCAUGCUUUCAGAUUUCGAUUUAUCCCUGCGUUGCUCUGUGAGCCCUACACUUGUCAAGUCUUCAACUAUCAAUGUAAGCAAUGGUGGAAUUACUGGUGUUGGAGGAAUUUUGGAAGACGAACUUGCAGUUCAUGGCUGUAUGCAGCCAUCGAAUUUUCUUCCACGCAUUUUGCCGAGUAAAAAGAAUCGUAAAUCAAAAUCAGAUUUCGGGUUCUUUGAUGGAGGCUCCCUCCCUGAACUCAUGGCAGAGCCAACAAAUGUGCGCUCAAUGUCAUUUGUUGGGACACAUGAAUAUCUAGCUCCGGAGAUCAUCCGUGGAGAGGGUCAUGGAAGUGCGGUAGAUUGGUGGACAUUUGGCAUCUUCUUAUACGAACUGUUGCAUGGGACAACUCCCUUCAAAGGCUCAGGCAAUCGUGCCACACUUUUCAAUGUUGUAGGCCAGCCACUGAGAUUUCCUGAAACUCCGCGUGUGAGCUUCGUGGCUCGUGAUCUUAUACGAGGACUUUUGGUGAAAGAACCACAUAAGAGGAUCGCAUACAAAAGGGGUGCUACAGAAAUCAAACAACACCCUUUUUUUGAGGGAGUGAACUGGGCCCUGGUAAGAAGUGCAAUGCCUCCCCACAUUCCUGAUCUUGUAGAAUUCUCGCAGUAUGGCAGCAAAGAGGCAAGCAUGGCAGAGAAGAAGAUGGCAGAGAUUGGAGGUGACAAAGAAAACACUAGUUUUAACGAUCCCUCUUACAUAGAUUUUGAGUACUUCUAGAAAUCACAGAGCAAAACACAAAAAGAAGCCUAAUGAGACAUUUGUUGAGGUUGUGUUGAAGAUCGAAGAAGACAUUCUUCCAUCUAUAUGUUUCUUAGGUGAAGAAUAAAUAUAUAUAUAUAUAUAUAUAUAUGUAUGUACAUGUAGGGAUGGAAACUUCCUCUUGAAGUUUUGUUUUCAAUUUUUUGUUCACCUCUAUAAUUUGUUUAUUAAGGUUGACGUUCUGGAUUUUAUCAA